AAACCAGUUUAGUUUUGCGGUGAUAACGAUACAGAGAGCUCGUGUCGUUGUGUGUUAACGAAAACAAUCCAAUUAUUAUUGUUUAUACGCGAUAUUUUCGGCUAUAUCUUUACUAAAUCAGUCGUAUAUGAAUAAAAGUAAAGAUUUUUGCUUAGUUUCGAUCUCAAGCCGCGUAGUUAUUGACGAUAUCUUGUGAAUUUAUACAUUUUAUCCGAAUGUGUAAUCUUGCUUCGACUUAACGUUGGACGGUGGUUGAAAAUGUGAGUAAAAUAUAGUUCUGGUGAACAUUUUUGGUUUGGAACCUUUAUUUUUUGAAGGACUCGUGUCAAAAUGAAGUGGUUAACGUUUCUUAUACUGUUGCCGGCAUGUUUUGGACAUCUGAAUGUUUAUUUGAGUAGUGCUGAAGUGUGGAGACUUUUGGGUCUAACCGCAGAGCUGUUCUACGUGCGCGAUGGCCAGAUCAACUUCUACGCUCUCAACUUUGUGGUGCCAGUCCCGGCCACCAUCGGCGAGCUGCACUUUACGUGGCAGAGCCUCACCAGGAGACCUUUACCGUAUACAUUACAAGUGGAUGUGGUGUCGAACAAGGAGGCCCUACUCACCCCAACAUUCAACAUAUCAAGUGAAGGCUUUGUCCCGACCGAGCCGCAAACCUGGCGAGUGGACUUGCCUUGUACGCGCACCGUCGCAGCUGAAGUCGGCGUCACCAUUUCCCUAAACGUGUCCACCGGUUCCUCGUCAACCCUUCUACACUUCCGUCGAAGAAAAAUAUGUCUCCUAGAAGCACCGCGACCAGCUGUUAGAGUGGAUAACGUCCCCCAUUCCGCUACUUCUGCGGAUAUCUUCUACGCUGGUGCGGGAUGCGCUGGCGGUGCGUUGUUGAUAGCUGCCGUUGCCGCAGUCGCCUGUAGAGCUCGCGCGAGGAAGCUUCGGAGAACACGAAGCGAUGAGCAAGAUGCUCACGCCUUCUUACCUGAUUCUUCGUGCAAAUCUGCCGCAAGUUACACGAGCUACCGCCGACCUAACUCCGUACCAGCGGCGGCAGCUGAGGAGAGGGCGAGGGACCUCCAGCAAAGGAUAGCGGAGUUGACAAUACAGAGGUGUAGAGUGAGGUUGCGUUCGGUCGCGAUGGAGGGGACUUUUGGUAGGGUGUACAGAGGGACGUAUGCUGAUGAAGAUGGGAGGGAACAAGAGGUUCUUGUGAAGACUGUUGCUGAACACGCGUCUCAAGUUCAGGUAUCACUUCUUCUGCAAGAAGGCUGUAUGCUGUACGGACUCCACCACGAGCGCGUUCUCUCCGUCCUCGGCGUCAGCAUCGAGGAUCAGACUGCACCAUUCCUCCUCUACCCAUGGAGUGCCACUUGGAGGAACUUAAAGCAGUUCCUCCUAGCGUGUCGAGGAGUGAACCUGGGGGUAGCGGCCGGUGGUCCUCCCCCUCCACCUCUGACCACCCAGCAUGUAGUGAGAAUGGCAUUACACGCCUUGGAUGGAUUAUCGUAUUUACACUCGCAGCACGUACUGCAUAAAGAUAUCGCCGCGAGAAAUUGCAUAGUGGACGAAAACCUCCGAGUGAUGAUCGCCGACAACGCGCUGUCCCGAGAUCUGUUCCCCGGCGACUACCACUGUCUCGGCGACAACGAGAACAGGCCGAUCAAAUGGUUGGCGUUGGAAGCGUUGUCCAAGAAGCAGUUCAGUCCGUCGGCGGACGUGUGGGCGUUGGGCGUGCUUCUGUGGGAGCUGACGACGUUGGCCCACCAGCCGUACGCUGAGGUUGAUCCGUUCGAGAUCGGCGCGUAUUUGAGAGAUGGGUACAGGUUGCAGCAACCAGCUAACUGUCCGGACGAAUUGUUCGCAGUGAUGGCUUACUGUUGGGCCAUGUCGCCCGACGACCGACCAACGUUGCCUCAACUACAGAUCUUCCUCAGGGACUUCCACACGCAACUGACGCGGUUCGUCUAAGACAUUCCUAAACGAAAGACAAUCCAAAAACGACAAUAAAUGUAUAAAUUAUUAGUGAAAUAGUGAAAAAAAGUGAACUUCAGUGAACUUUCCAGAGGCCUUAUGACGUGCGCAAAGUUACCUUACAGGUGUUCUGUAAAAUAUCGAUUAUUUGCAUAAUUUGUUGUAUAUCAAAAACGGACAAUAUUUGAUAAAACAACAAUAUUAACACUUUCGCUGCACUACGAGGUCAAUUGACCUUGUACGUCUAGCGUGUUCAAGAGUUACGAGGUCGAUUGACCUCGUACCACACCAGAGGAAAAUACAGAAAAAUCUAAAGCAGCGAAAGUGUUAAGGGACGUUCGGACAUACGGUAGAUACGAUAUAGAAAAAGACAUACGAGUCACUGAUGCAACCGCAAAUUUGCGCAAAUAUAUUUGUACAAACUCAAUGCACGUAAAAGAUUUUCUAACUAAGCUAGUUCACAUUUAGUAAAAUGUGAACUAGGCUUUAUCUACUAGUAUGUAGAUCUUUUGACUGCAUCUGAUUAUGCUAAGUAGAUCAAAAUCAUUUUUGACAUACGGCCAAUUUCUUCAUCGCAAGUAACAGUCAAAGUGACGUCAUAAAUCAAAUGUGACGGUCUUAUUCACUGAAAAAUAAAGUCUUCUUUACUACUUACUACUUUUACUGUUACUUUAGCUUUACAUGAAGAAACUGGCAUACUACAGGUAGAUACGAUAUAGAAAAAGAUAUAGAAGCACUUAUUCAACCGCAAAUCUACUAGUAUGUAGAUUUUUCUUUUGCCUGCAUCUGAUUAUGCUAAGUACAAAGAUUUGAGGUGUUAAAGAUCAAAAUAUUUUUUUUAACUUAAACUACUACCAUCUAAAAUCAUUUGAAUAAUAUCGAAGUCGCAAAGCAAUAUAAAUAGUUUACAUAUAGAUCGACUGUUUAUAACGAUGCCCAUCUAACCGUUAGAAAAUCGUAGCUGAACAAAUAUUGGAGCAAAUAUUUGCGCAAAUAUGUAGUUCGGUGUGUCUUCCAUUAGUGACAAGUCAGUGACGAGAAUACACGGUGAACGGUUAAAUGACGAGUAUUAUAAUGAGGCGGCUAUAUAAAGAGACUGAUUUUAAUAAAAGUGUUUAUUGAAUUGUAAAUUAUAGAUGUUUUAUAUUAACUUGGUCGACGCAUAUUUUGUAUCUAUUUUGUUUCGAGAUUCCACAAAUUCUGAAUAUAUCUUUUGUGUAGGAUGACCAUCUUGUUUGUAGAGAGCAGGACAAAGCCGACAUUAUAUAACUGAUUGCUGUAAAAGUCCUAACACUAAACGUUGUUUUGCUUUUUAAAUGAUUGUCUAUUGGUAAGUGUAGAGGUAAAUAACACUCAGCAGUUUUACAGUUUUUGCAAUAUACUGAAACUGAAAAGUCCUAAGGUAAUCUUAGUAUAGGAUUAUUUAAUAUUUAUAUGAAGUAAUCCUCUGCUAAUUGCUGAAUUUGAUUCCACACAUUUGACUAUGCAAUCUAUCUCGAAAUGCAUUGUCAAGUGUAGACAAAUUGGACGUCCCAGUAAAAUACCUAAUUUGUAGUAGAAAUGUCUCCAUGACUAUCCCCUAGGCAAUCUUGACACAAUGACAAAAGGACUUGUCCCGCAAAAACUAAAACUGUUGGUAACUACACUAAAGCUUUCACAAUAUGCAAUGUUUUUUGCCGCGGAAAAAUAAAUCUAUUUUACGAUCUCUUUCAAUGUUCGUUAGAACUUUGGAAAACGGAAACAUUGCAUAGUGUUUGGGAUUUAGCACACUUUGUAUUCAUUACACUUUGUACGAAAUACCUUUAGAUAUAUUACUAUGCUAUUCUCUGAGAUUCACAAUAAUUAAUAAUGUUCCCUAUAUAUAUAUAUAAAUCAAAAUGUCUUAUCGAAAGAUCAGUCGAUACAAUUUGCUAUUAAUUGAAUCACAUUUUUGAUUUAUUUGGAAAUUAUCGUCUUUAAAUAUGGCACCUAUUGUGUACGUGGUAAUGUUUCAUCGUUGUGACAACGUUGAAGCAAGCACCUACAGAAUAGCAUUGAUUGAAUUGAAUUAAAUUCUUAUGGUCCGUUUACAUUCGGCAAUUCCAGUGCCAAAUUAAAUCAUUUAUUGUUUUAAAUACCGAGGGAUUUACAGGAUUCGUUCAACUGAACAAUCGAGUAGUAUUUAUAAAUAUUGAACAUACAUUUUAUUAUCGUGAAUAGAGUCGAGAAUAAAUUUAUAUUGGUUUAUGAGGAGCUCAUUCUUAUAUCUUUGUAUCAAAAAUUCUUAAUUUUGAAUAAAUUUAAUACAAAAUCUUGUCGAAGCUUCUACCGGUCACAUAAACCUCGUUCGGAAUUUUUGGUACGCAGGUAAACGACUCUUCGUCGAACUCUAUAGGUCAUUGAUCGACUCCUGUAAAUACUCGCGUUUGUGUGAAAGCGUUUAAUCGCUUAGUGUAAAUAGAGCAUUAUCACCAAAAAUAGACACAAAGUUGUGCGUCGAGUAUUAGGUAAUAAUGUAAUUAUUUGAAACCUCAGUACUGCCAUAUUAGUGAUAAAAGAGUAUAUGUAAAUAUUGAUAGAUUAAAUGAACCGUAUAAUACGUAUAUUAAAUGUGCCUCAGAUUUUAUGAAACGUUUAGAUGUUUAUAAAGGCCUCAACAGAUGGCGACGUUUUUCAGCGCGUUAGACGCAACUGUAAUGAUGUGCGAUUUUGACAUAUUCAUAUUCAAAAAGCUACUAAAGUAUACUCUCUCGUAUUACAAUAUUUUCUUGUUUUCUAAUAUAUAACUUAGUAAUUGGUUUGUAAUAAAUUAGCAUUUAAUAAAUAACAUCUAACUACUGAAUAAUAUAUGUAUAACGUAACUCAAGAGGGAUUUUAAUAUCUAUCAUUGAAACUAAAACAUAUAAAUGAAAGACCUAUUCGUUUGCUUUUGUAUGUUACAAAUUCAGAUUGCAGCGCGUUGUUCAAACGUCGUCAUCUGAAAGCUUAGUAAAAUUGUUCUUUUGAAGUAUUGACAUGUAAUAAAUAUGAAAGACUGGAUUGAUCAAUUUGAAUUGUUAAUUUUAAACUUGAUAUUACGAUUGUAAUUAAGGGCUUUUGUCCACAGGUUUCAUAUUGGAUACGAAUAUUUUUGAUUUAAUAUUCUUAAUUGUGCCAAAUGGUAUUGAAUAGAUAAAGGCGAAUCAAUGUGUAGAGUUUUUAUUAACGUUUAGAGAUGCUCCGAGACCAAUAAAAUAUUGUUAGGGCCACUACAUAUCUGGCGAAGACCAGCGUAUUGUUUGUUUUUAAACUAUUAUUGACAUUGCUAUAUUAAAAUCAAAUAGUACUCAUAACUAUAGUGUGAAUCACAAUUCAUAACAGUUAUUAUUUGUGAUUCAAAAAUUAUUAAAGUAGAAGUAAAUUAUCUAAUGGAAGAAUAAUUAUUUAUUUAGCCCUCUGUGCCUAAAAAUAUCAGAUAUAGUUUUCCAAAUAUUAUUCUCCUACAAUUAGGUAAUUGAGCCGGCUAUGAAGGUAAGAUUGUAUUCUGCAAGUCAAAAUAGUUGUCAGUCAAAUCUGUUUGCUAACUGUAAAUUUAAUUUGCGACGUUAGUAUCUCAAUUAUUUUAUUUGCUAUGUGCCUUUAAAACUUUUUGGGCAACUGCUUUAAAUAAAUGUACUACAAUAGACACAUCACUACCUAGGCCCAAAGUAAUCGUAUAGCUUGUGUUAUAUUCUGUACUAAGUUAAUCUAUUUACUAAGAUAACUGAAUAUAUUCAUAUAAUGUACAAAUACAUCCAGACACUGGAAAACACACGAGGUUAAUAUACAUGAGAGGUUCUACAAUUGUUCUACGUCUCGCCCGAUGUGUACCGGCCUUUAGCACUCUUUUCACUCCAAACCCGGCAUCUUUAUGAUCUUGAUUUGACAGUGUUCAAAUGUAAAGUUUUAUUAAUAAAUAUUUUAGAUAUUCAUUGAAAUUACCAUAGUAAAUUUGUUGUUCUAAAUUGUGAAUAUUGUUUAUAAAUUAUAAUCUUCAAUCAAUUCAGAAAAAUAAUUAAUAAUGAACAGUGUAAGAUUAUCUUUUCAUUAUAACUUUAAAUGUUCGCCAUAUUUACCAGUCUGCAUUCUCAAUGAAUGCAUUUUAUAUAUCUAUCUAAUAUUAAUAUUUGUUAUGGAUUUACUCGUAAGUCGUGCAUUUAGUGUGAAUUGACCCUUAGCGUAGGUACUUUUAUAUGAUUAUUAAAAUUUUGUAAAUAAUUUAUUUGAGGCAAUUAUUAUAAAAAAUUGUAAAUGUGUAAAUAAUAUAAAGAACUGUCAAUAUACGAGUGAAUAUGGAAA